AUGAUCAUUUUUCUUUUCCUUUCUUUCUUUUUCCUUUCUUUCUUUUUCAUUUCCUUCUUUCUUUCUUUCUUUCUUUCUUUAUUUAUUUAUUUAUUUUCCCUUUCCUUCUUUCUUUCUUUUCCAUUUCUUUCUUUUUCCUUUCCUUAUUUUCCAUUUCUUUCUUUCUUUCUUUUCCAUUUCUUUCUUUCUUUUCCAUUUCUUUCCUUUUCCUUUCCUUCAUUUCCCUUUCUUUCUUUCUUUCUUUCUUUUAAAUUUCUUUCUUUCUUUUCCAUUUCUUUCUUUUUCCUUUCCUUUAUUUCCCUUUCUUUCUUUCUCUUCACUUUCUUUCUUUCUUUCUUUCUUUCCUUUUCAUUUAUUUCUUUCUUUACCAUUUAUUUCUUUUUCCUUUCCUUCAUUUCUCUUUCUUUCUUUCUUUUCACUUUCUUUCUUUCUUUCUUUCCCAUUUCUUUCUUUCUUUUCCAUUUCUUUCUUUCUCCUUUCCUUCAUUUCCCUUUCUUUCUUUUCACUUUCUUUCUUUCUUUCUUUCUUUCUUUUCGUUACAUUCUUUUAUUUUUUUUUCUUUAUUUCUAUCUUUCUUUUUUCUUUCUCUGUUUUUCUCUUAAUUUUUCUUUCUCUACGUAUUUACUUCUGUCUCCUCUCUAUGAUUCUAUCUGUCUUUCUUCACUUAUUCUUUUCUUUUUCUUUUCUCUCUUUACUUAUUUUUUAUAUGUCUACAUUCCUUUGUUUUUCUUCUCCUUUCUGUUUACUCUUUCUUUCUUUUAUUGGUUCUUUUUAUUUUCUUUUUCCUGUUCUCUUCUCUUUCUUUUCUUUUUUUUUCCUUUCGUUCUUUCUUUUUUCUUUCUUCUUUUCUUUUCUUUCUUCAUUUCUUUUCUUUUCUUUCUUUCUCUCUCUCUUUCUUUCUUUCUUUCUUUCUUUCUUUCUUUCUUUCUACCCCUCCACAGUUUUUUUUUGUUAAUAUUAUCAUCGCCUGCUUCAAUCAACAUGUGA